UGCCGUUGCAGGAGGGCCGGGCCAGCGCUGCUCCUCCCUCCCGGAGGGCCCUCCUUUCCCGGCAGCCCCGCGCUUCCUCCGCCUCCUCCUCGCGGGGACAAAGCGAAAGUGAACCCACUCCAGACGCCUGGGCGCCGCCUCCGCCAUCCCGAGACGCGAUUGCCGCUUCGCAAAUCCGGACACCGCUGCAGGAGAUGGAGGAAGAAUUUGAGUUCUUGCUGUGCGGGAGGUGCCGGAGAGAGGCCAAAAACCCCAAGCUCCUAGCUUGCCUUCACACCGUCUGCAUGGAGUGCCUGGAGGAGAACAAGCCCGUGGGCCAGUGUCCCGUCUGCCGGGUCUCCCUCGCACGCGCCAGCGGGGCUUCCUUCCAGGACAACGUGCUCUUUGCAAGCCUCCAGGCCAAGCUGAACACCUACCGGAAGAUCGCCGACGACCGGGAUUUGGUAUGCGAUAACUGCAAAGAUGCAGCCGAGUUCUGGUGCUCCGAGUGCUCCGAGUUCCUCUGCCUGAAAUGCUACAAGUCUCACCAGUGGUACUUGAAGCAGAAGAGCCACGAGACCCAGAAACUGGCCGAUCUGAAGAAGGAUACUGCCCAGAGCUUCUUGGAGGGGGCAAAGAAGUCCAGCAACCUUUUGUGUUCGGAGCACGCCCAGGUUAUAAGCAUCUACUGCCGCGGCUGCCGCAAGCCCCUCUGCUGCUCCUGCGCUCUUCUCGACGGCGAGCACUACAACGCCAAGCUGUACUGCGACAUCCGCGCGGAAAUCGAAGGCCGGAAGGAGGAGCUGGGGAAGAUCAAGGCGGAGCUGGGCGAGAAGAGGAGGAGCUACGAGAAGACGUACAGCACCGUCCACGAACGGCUGCAGCAGCUGGAGAAGGUGCGCAACGAGACCCGGGACGAGAUCCAGGAGAAGGUGGAGGAGAUGGUCCGGUGGAUCCAGAAGAAGGGGGAGGAGCUCCUGGGGAAGGUGGACAGCCAGCUCCACCAGGAGCGCGAGGACGUGCAGAGGAAGCUCCAGUGCGCCGAGCGCAUCGUCAAGAGGUUGGAGUCCAGCGAGCGGCUGGUGGAGAAGAUGAACCUCUUUGCUUCGGACCAGGAGUUGUUGGACAUGGCCCCCUUCGUCAAGGAGUCCCUGGACGAGCUCCGCAGGGAGAAGGUUCUGGCCGUGGGUUUCCGUGUCCAGGCGGAUAACAUCUCGGAGGUCAGAGGCGAACUUCAGGCCCUGUUUAAAAGGGUGAGAGGUUGCGAAGAUGCUGUUGGCUGCCCGCCUUCUGCUUCUCUGCCAGUUGCCCCAGUGGUCGGUUCGAAAGGUCUUCAUAAUGAGAAAAGCCAGCCAAGGACCCAGGGGCCAACGUACACCCUCAGUCUCAAAAAGACGCCUCAUGGAUUUGUCUCGAUCACCACCCCAGUGAAACGGCUGAUGGGACAGAAGGAAAAGUCCACUCAGGCUUCUCCCAAGGUGAUGAAGCUGGAGGACCACGAGCGUGACGACGGGCAGACCUCCGAGCGGCACGUCCAGGAUGUUGGGCUGAGUUCCUGGUCCCCUUCCCCCCGCGAGUCGACCCCAGAGAGGGAGCAGAGUGGGGCGGUCAACUCGGUGGAGCUCUUGGAGAAUUCUGUGCACGAGGUCUGCGAAUCGGAGGUCGCCAGUAUCCUGAUCAGCAGCUCCGAGGACACCGAAGACGACAUGAUGUGAUUGCCCACCACCGCUGGAAUGUCCACCUGAGGUCUGAGCGGGUGUCAACAGCAGCAGGGCAGAGGCCUCGAAACCCCAGCCGUGACAUCGCUUGCCAAGAUGCCCACAUCUCUCCUCCUGCCUCCUUCCUUCCGCUGGCUGAUUCUGCAGAGAACGUCUUUCUCGCAGUUCGUUUGCGCGCGGACAGUCCCGCUCUUCCCGGGGGUUGUGUGGAGCUGUGCCGCUCUUGACCCCGAGGCUGCCAGCUCCUCAUGUCCUGCCUGGGCAGC